GGCCGUGCGACAUCCAAAAAUUGUUUCUUCAUCCGUUCUCUGAGCCAACCCGUACAACAUCCACACCAUAUAAGAAGACAAAAAUCCUUCUUGGCUGACGCCUUUUCUCUCGCACCCACAUAAACUCACUGUACAUUUACUUUUGCUUUCACUUCUCUCAAAAUGCCAGGUCUUGACUUGCAACCAGUCAUCACUGAUGACACCAGAAUCUUGGGUCAAGACCCUUUGAUUCCUCCUCAAUUGCUUCUUCACGAAAUCCCUCUCACUCAUGCCUCACUCAAGACUGUCGUCCAAGGUCGGAGAGAGGCGAUCGAGAUUAUCAUGGGCAAAUCUGACCGCCUCCUGGUCAUCUGCGGUCCAUGCUCUCUACACGACCCGGCAGUGGCUCUCGAGUACGCCGAGCGAUUGAAAGCCCUCUCAGACAAACUUUCCGACGAUCUCCUCAUUAUCAUGAGAGCCUACCUCGAAAAGCCUCGUACGACCGUCGGUUGGAAGGGAUUGAUCAACGACCCAGACAUCGAUGAGUCUUUCAAGAUCAACAAGGGUCUGCGCAUUAGUCGACAACUUUUCUGCGACCUCACAAGCAGUGGAAUGCCAAUUGCAACCGAAAUGUUGGACACAAUCUCGCCUCAAUUCCUGGCAGAUCUCAUUUCUCUCGGAGCUAUUGGUGCCAGAACUACCGAAUCACAGUUGCACCGAGAGUUGGCUUCCGGUUUGUCCUUCCCAGUCGGAUUCAAGAACGGAACAGAUGGGAGCUUGACUGUUGCUAUUGAUGCAAUUGGUGCUGCUGCUGCCAAACAUCAUUUCAUGGGUGUCACAAAACAGGGACUUGCUGCAAUCACCCGCACCAGUGGUAACGAGCACGGGUUCGUCAUCCUUCGAGGAGGUACCAAGGGCACAAACUACGAUGCCGAGAGCGUCAAGACGGUGAAGGAGACUUUGACGAAGAAGGGACAGAAGCAAGCCAUCAUGAUCGAUUGUUCGCAUGGUAACUCGAACAAAGAUCAUCGAAAUCAACCCAAGGUCGCCAAGGUCAUUGCAGACCAAUUGAAAGCUGGAGAGACUUCGAUCAUUGGUGUCAUGAUUGAAUCGCACAUCAAUGAGGGCAACCAAAAAGUUCCGGCCGAAGGACCUUCGGGACUUCAGAAGGGCGUCAGUAUCACGGAUGCUUGCAUCAACUGGGAAUCCACAGUCAAUGUCCUGGAAGACCUGGCUGCAGCUGUCAGAGAGCGACGCAAGCAUUUCACCAACGGCCACGUCAAUGUCACGAAUUGAAUUUGAUGGAUCUUGCAUGGCGUCUCGGGCAUUUCUCUUUUUUUCACUUCUUUCAACCAAAAGCUUCAUGGACAUCUUACAACAAGAUGAAUCAUUUCGAGUAUGAAACAAAAAGCUUCGGGAUUACUUUAGAUGAAGUUCAGGAAUCAUUGCAUCGAGCGGCAUGAUCAGGAUAUGAAAGAGCAUGGGAUCACCAGAGCAUUGAGAUAUAAAGCAACAAAACCACUUGCUCUCUUCAUCGGUACUUUUU